UUAAUUUAAUUUUACUGGUGGUAGGACGUAUUGUGAGUCCGCACGGGUAGAUACUACCACCAAGCUUAUUUCUGCUUUGAAGCAGUAGGUAAUGCGUUUCAGUUUGAAGAGUGAGGCAGCCGUUAUAUUGUAAAAACCGAUACCUUAGAACUUAUGUCUCAAGGUGGGUGGUGGCAUUUACGUUGUAGAUGUCUAUGGGCUCCGGUAAUCACUUAACAUCAGGUGGGCCGUGAGCUCAUCCACCUGUUUAAGCAAUAAAAAAAUAAAAGUAAAAUAAAACAAUAUUUUAGAUGAAAAUCACAGUAUAAUCAACCUAGCCAAGAAAUUUCAUGUCUGGCCAAAAUAAUGGAACUCUAGAACCUUCAAACGCAACUUGACAGAUCUAUUGCAACGUUGUUUUUUAUAAAGCACAACGAUACACGAAGCUUAGCUCGACUUUUGGAUGCGUUUAUCAAGUCUUUGUGUUUGUUGGUGUUGUCAUAAGUACUAUACAAAUUAUUUUAAAUAUUUAUGGCCUGCUGAACACUGAUAGUUUUAUUAAACCGGUAUAAUUUUGUUAUUUCAUUGGUUAGUCGUUUAAAACAACAGAGGUCAAAUUAUUUUGAAAUAAUAAUAUUUCAGUAAGCAAUAAACAAUACUUGCACACAAAUAAAAAACAAAACAUUAAAUCCUGAAGUCAAAGGUCGUUUUAGAAUCUAAACAACUAAACGUCGUAGAUACCACAUCCAUAUUUUACGAAGUCGAAUAACGUCAGAGCGUUCGCAUAUAACAGGCUGCUAGUCGGCAAAGGUUUGUUUACAUAAGUCACUCACGCUGAGAACACACGCCUCUUCCAGCAACAGAAAAAGAAAUGGACAUCACGGCGAAGCAAAUUGAACAACCCACGUCUGGCUCGCCUCCCGACAAGUGUGCAUGGGACCACAAACAGUGCAUGACAUCAGAAAAGAUGAAAAAGCCAAAAUUGAUGGAAGGUGGCAACUACAUCCGCGAGGGUCGUGAUUCUACCAAAUCAACUUGGCUUCUGAUUUCACCAGUCGCACCCGACGAGGCUGGCUCGUUAGCCAGAUAUUUAGGCAUUUUCUCUUCUCAUGGAGUCAACCUCAGUCACAUUGAAUCCAGAUCUUCCACAAGGCGUCCAGGCUAUGAGUUCAUGGUUGAAUGUGAACAUGGUUCUGGAGAUUUCGGAGCGGCCCUUGAAGAGCUGAAGAAGAAUGUUGGAUACCUAAAUAUUAUUUCGAGAAACUAUAAAGAUAAUCGAUCCGCUGUUCCUUGGUUCCCACGUCGUAUCCGCGACUUAGAUCGCUUUGCCAACCAGAUCCUCUCAUACGGUGCCGAACUGGACUCUGAUCACCCUGGAUUUACCGAUCCUGUUUACCGCGACCGCCGCAAAUAUUUCGCCGACAUUGCAUACAACUACAAGCACGGAGAGCCUCUGCCUUAUGUGGAGUACACCAAAGAGGAGGUGGCCACCUGGGGUGUAGUUUUCCGGAAGUUGACAGAGCUCUACCCCACUCAUGCCUGCAAAGAGCACAACCAUGUCUUCCCGCUGCUGAUCGAAAACUGUGGUUACAGGGACGACAACAUUCCACAAUUGGAAGAUGUUUCUAACUUUUUGAGAGAUAGCACCGGCUUCACUCUGCGGCCCGUGGCAGGACUUCUCUCGUCGCGUGACUUUCUGGCUGGACUUGCUUUUCGAGUGUUCCACAGCACCCAGUAUAUCAGACACCAUUCAAGACCACUCUAUACUCCGGAACCAGACGUGUGCCACGAAUUGCUUGGACACGCCCCGCUUUUUGCGGAUCCCGCCUUUGCACAAUUCUCUCAAGAAAUUGGUCUUGCGUCUCUAGGAGCUCCUGAUGAUUACAUCGAGAAACUAGCCACGUGCUUCUGGUUCACGGUGGAGUUUGGUCUGUGCCGGCAAGAAGGUCAACUAAAGGCUUACGGCGCCGGUCUACUGUCGUCCUUCGGCGAGCUACAGUACUGUCUCUCAGACAAACCUGAGUUGAGAGAGUUUGACCCCGAGUCUACCGGGGGUACCAAGUAUCCCAUCACAGAAUACCAGCCCGUCUAUUUCGUUGCUAACAGCUUUGAAGAUGCCCAGGAGAAGAUGAUAAAGUUUGCUCAAACGAUCCCACGUGACUUUGGCGUCCGUUACAAUCCCUACACGCAGAGCAUUGACAUUCUGGACUCCGCUCGCCAGAUCAGGGUCCUGAUGCGGGAGGUGCACCAAGAAAUGGAGCUGCUGCUAAACGCUAUGGACAAGUUGUAACGAUGCAGAUUAGCUUCUUGUUGUAGGUGGGACACUUAUAGUUAAUGACAAUCAUGACCAAUGAUUUUUAAAGAACUAACAUUUUAUCUUUUCAAGUUUUCUAAAUUUACACAACUUAUUUGUACACAACUUCAAAUGAUAUUAUUUGAUAAGACAUUUCAGUUAAGUGUAAUAAAAAAGUUUUGAUUGAGGUAAUUGAACAAUUAUGACUAUAUUUGUGUGAAACAUAAAUUUAAAAAAUUUCAUUCUUAAAUUAUUAAUAUAAUAGUUGUAAGUACAUUUAGUAUCAAUAAAAUAAGUAUGUUUUAAGUACGUAGGUAUAUUCAGUCUAAUCUAUUAAAAUUAUAAGAAGGAAUUAGUAAAUUACGGAUGUUAAGGAAAUAAUAUAGUUUAAAAAUUCAUAAAAUAUAAUACUUAUAAUUGACAUGAAUUACGCUAAAAUUAUAUAGGAUGUUGUUUAAUAUAUAAGAAUUGUGGUGUUUAAAAUAUUAUAUAACAAUUAAUUUCACAUUACAUAUAUAAUUUGGGUAUCACGAGCACGUAUAUCAUAUCUAUUAUAAACAUUUUCAAGAUAAUAUAUGUAGAUAUGUAAGUACAGCUUAAAGAAAGAAACUUUUUAGAAACAAGAAAUCUGGAAUAAAAAAGAGAGAACAAAUUAUUUUUAUUGAAUUCAAUUUUAAAUACACGUUUUAUUUCAAGUCAAAUCUAUUUGUCUUUUAUAACUACUAUUCUCGAUUCUAAGCUUAAAGAAAUAUGAGGGAAUUAAAGUUUUAAUGAAAUUUUUCAUUUCAUUUUACUGUCAGCAAAAAAGUUUGAAUUUGUACUGAACAGAGAUUCACUGAACGAAAGAAACUACGAAACGAUGUUAAGGAUAAAUUCACUAUGCGGAAUUCUCGAGUCUGAAUCAUUCUGUCCAGGUAUUUUCCAGGUUUAAAUACGAGUUUACGAUACUCUAAUGCAACUUUCUAUUCUACUCUCCAUAGAUGUGUCUAAUCUACGCCAUUUUCUUAUUCGGUAUAACAGGGUAACCCAAUACAUUUUCGAACUAGGAACAGUGUGGUGAUAUAAUGUUAUGUUUAAUGUGAAUUAACGUAAAAUAAAAACCGCAAUUUUAACCAACAUAAUAUAUUUAAUAAUUUGUUUAGAAAUAAACUUAAUUGUCUAGUUAGAUAAGGUGACGAAUCAACAUUUUCGUCUUUAUAUUACUGAUAUAAAUAAAUCGAUGCUAUAAUAAAUUACAAAA